AUGUCCUCCGCUCUCGGCCACCUCAGGUCGCAGAGGUCUCUGCUCUCUCGCGCUCCCUCCCGCAACAGGGCACCACUUGCCAGAGGCGCACACCGCGAUGCCCCGAGCAAGAUUCGGGAGCCCCGGCCAUGGGCCGUCGAAAACGUUCCUCCAGUGGAUCCCCGCCCUGCCUGGUUUUUCCCGAUAAAUCGUAUCUCGAACUACGUCGUGAUACCAGCGACGCUGCUAUACGCCGUGUUCUUCGCUGACUUCGGUGAGAAAGAGCACGUCUUCAUGCCCGCUCGGAGGUGGCUCGACGCGCAAAAGGCCGCUUUCUUCGACUUAUCCGAAGCGGAGCGUGAGAUCGCAGGAGUGACGGAGGACGUGAACAACAGUUCUAUGGAGGGAGCGGAAGCCCGCCGAGAUCGGUAG